GGGUGCCUGCCUGGUGCGGUGACGCCCACAAGGAGAGCUUGCAGCUCUGCCAGCACCUAAGGGAAGAAAGGCAUUUCUCUUCCGAUGUUCCUCCUUCCCCCGGUGCCUCCACGCUCCUGGCCUCAGCCGCAGCCUCUGCCUAGACGCCCUGGCGCUCCCUGUGGGCAGCGGGGGCCUUGCUUCCGGCUGUCGGACAAGGUCCUCACGUCUCUCACUUUUGAGGGAUAUUCUCACCGGAUAUAAAACCAUGGAUUAGCGGGGCUUUCAGUUUGCCGUCUACAGUGUUCAGGUUUCCUGUAAUCAACAACAACGACGACAAAACCUCCGAAAUACGACGUCAGAGGCAGCACGGGGUGGAACUGCGUGGGCACCGGUGACAGCCUGCUUCCUUUGAGGCGUCGUUUAGAUCAGAGGGGAGCCGUAGGGGUGGGGUCGGCUCCUCCCGGGUCCUGCUGACGUCAGUGCAUCUUGAACUUGCAGAGGACGGAGAGCAGACCCUUCGGCGAGAGGAGCAGCAGCCGGACCGCCAUGAAGCAGAUGGACGACGGGUCCCCGUCCGGUAGAGUCCCCGGCUUCUGUUCCCUCCGCUGCGGGCUGGCCCUCCUCCUGCAUUUCUGCAACGUCUCCAUGAUGUCCCAGCGCGCCUGUCUCAGCCUCACCAUGGUCGCCAUGGUGAACGGCUCAGGCCCCCAGGGCUCGCCCAACACCUCCACCCCGGAGCCCCUGGACGACGUCAAGAACCCCGUGUACAACUGGAGCCCCCAAACCCAGGGCAUCAUCUUAAGCUCCGUCACCUACGGGAUGCUCAUCACCCAAGUGCCCGUGGGGUAUCUGUCCGGAAUCUACCCCGUGAAGAACAUGGUCGGCUCUGCCUUGCUCCUCAGCUCCCUGCUCAGCCUGCUCACGCCGCUGGCGGCCGGGGUCGGGGAGUCCGCGGUCAUCGCCUGCCGCGUGGCCCAGGGGCUCAGCCAGGGGACGGUGCUGGUGGCUCAGCACACGGUCUGGACCAAGUGGGCGCCUCCGCUGGAACGAGGGCGACUGACCUCCCUGAGUCUAUCAGGGCUGAUGCUGGGACCCUCCGUGGCCCUGUGUGUGACGGGGCUCAUCUGCCAGUCCCUGGGCUGGCCCAUGGUCUUCUACAUCUUCGGGGCCGGCGGCUGCGUCCUGAGCCUCUGCUGGUUCCUUCUGUUUUACGACGACCCCGAGGGCCACCCGUGCAUCAGCCCCGCGGAGAAGGAGUUCCUCGCGUCCUCCCUGGUGGAGCAGGCCGGCUCCGCGGGAAAAUCCGUGCCCAUCCGGGCCGUGCUCCAGUCUCGGCCGGUCUGGGCCAUUUCCCUCGGCUGCUUUGCUUUUUCCUGGACAAAUCACGUCAUGUUUCUGUACUUGCCGACUUUCAUCAGCUCCAAGCUCCACGUUAACGUGAGAGAGAACGGGCUGCUGUCCGCCCUCCCCCAUCUGUGCUGCUGGCUCUUGGGCAUCCUCGCGGGCCACGUGUCCGACGGCUUCCUGUCCAGGAAGAUGCUCAGCUUGCUCGCCGUCCGGAAGCUCUUCACCGCGCUGGGGCUCCUCCUGCCCGCCGUCUUCGUGGUGGGCCUGCUCUACCUGGGUCCCGGCUUCCACGGCACCAUCGCGUGCCUCACGCUGGCCAGCGCCACACUGGGCUUCUGCGUCGCCGGGAUGGUGAUCAACCCCCUGGACAUCGCCCCCAGAUAUUACGGGUUUCUGAAAGGAGUCACGGUUCUCAUCGGAAUGACAGGGGGGCUCAUUUCGUCCACUCUGGCUGGGAUAAUCCUCAAUCAGGACCCGGAGGCCGCCUGGUCUGCCAUCUUCUUCCUGGUGGCGGCCGUCAACGUGAGCAGCCUCCUCUUCUACCUGGUCUUCGCCGCGGCCGACGUGCAGGCCUGGGCCCAGGAGAAGCAGCUCACCCGGCUCUGAGGGCACAGGGUGGGUGGUGGGCAGGGUGUGAGCGGGCGGCUACCCUGUUUCUUUGGUGGCAGCUGUGCCCGCCGUCUGCUGGGCAUUUGGACACGAUCUCGCGGGGGCUCUCAGCCCCCCUCCCGCAGUCCUGGCUUCCUCUCUCGCCCGGGUGAGCAGUUGUCCUCCGGUCCCCGAUGCUCUCACCGGGACAAAGGGAGGUGACUGGUUCCCGUGUCCACAAAAUGCCCGGAGCCACACACGUGGGGUUUCCUCCGAGCGGUUCUCCGGGCUCUGCAGACGCCAGCGGGGUGUCCUCCGAUGUCACUCAGACGCCGACUACCCAGAGGUCGUCCAGACCCCACGGUUCAGGGCUGGGUCCCCCCGACGGCCCUGGCGUCAGACACGGACCGGAGUGGCGGUGCCCGAGGUCCCCCCGCUUCUGCUGCUACCACGACCCACUCCUCGGUUUGACAAUUUGCUAGAGUGACUCACAGAACAUAGGAGACAGACGACUCACCAGCACCGUUUAUUAUAAAGGCUGUAACUCGGAAACGGCCCAAUGGGAAGGUACACAGGGUGGGGGUGGGGAG